AUGGUGGUGCUCAAGGGCAUCCCCGCGCUCCUGUCCCCAGAGCUCCUCUUCACCCUGGCGAGAAUGGGGCACAGAGAUGAGAUCGUUCUUGCACACAUGAACUUCCCCAGCAGCUCCAUGUGCAGAGGCAGCCCGGAGGAGAUCCGUGCUGAUGGUCUGGGCAUCCCCCAGCUCCUAGAGGCUGUGCUGCAGCUGCUACCCCUGGACACCUACGUGCAGAGCCCGGCUAUGGUCAUGGAGCUGAUGCCCAGCGACUGGAAGAGGGGCCUGCUGACCCCAGUGUGGACGAGCUACCAGUCCAUCCUCUCCAGGGCUGGCUAUGAGGGCUCCCUGGGGAUGGUGGAGAGGUUUGCGUUUUAUGAGUGGGCAAAAAAAGCUUUUGCUGUUGUGGCAACUGGCUCUGAGCGAUCAAGCCUCGUCAUGAGAACAGCCACAGUUACCCAAAGGGCAGGGGAUGGAAGGUUCUGUGGGAACAACUGCGUUAGACUAGAUCUGGACCCUUUGUCUUGUGGGAAGGGAAGGACCCUCUCUGAGGGGUGCAGCCAAGUUCUCUGUGGGCAGGCUCUGGAGACUGCCUCGGCCAUGAGGAUGUUUUCCAUCAACCUGUUCACUGAUGGAUUUUGCCACCACUGA